UUCACUCUAUUUUAUUAAGUAAUUUUGGGGGAAACGUACAAAAAAUGAGGAAGAUACUUAAAUUUAUAUAUAAGUAUACGCAUAUGUGUACUUUCGGAACGUAAAUAUAUGCGUGUUUAAGAAGAUAUAUCAUAUCGCGUAAAUGUCAAUAUAAAUAAUAUAAUCGUUAUGUUGAAUAGUCACUUUUUGUUAUAUAAAUGCAACGGUGCAAUUAAUUUUGCUACUGAACAUAUAUUAAAUUUGUUCAGGAAAAUUGCAUGGGCAUAUAUCUCGGAGGGAAAAAAAGGAAAGAGUGUUCAAAUGUGAUUGCGACAAGGAGUUUGGCGUGAUUGCGAAAGUAGGUGACCUCUGACAGAAAUUGAAAUCAAUAAAGUGCAGUGGAGUUCGUGGUAUACACAGAACGAAAGUAGCUCUUCUUUGCAGCUUUGAGGUUAUGUCGCUCGAGUCGGAGGAGGCAGAGCGUCGAAUGUUCUAUUUUCGUUUCGACGAAAAGUGUUUAUUCUUGCCAGUCGUAGGCGCGCGUUACACAUUAUAAUGCAUCUAAAUGCGAGGAGAAGUCACGAAAGUGCCGUGAAAUAGUACAAACAUGGACAGAAGAAACUCUGAUGGAUCAUUCACAAGUGAAGAACUCGUUUUAUAUCAAAGGCAAUUAACAAAAUUAGAGAACAGAAACGUGAUAAAUGCCUUGUGCCAAAGACUAUUUAUUCUGUGCUUUAAUUCAGUAUGUGAAACGCAACUAUGGAACAAUUACGUGGAGAUAUCAACGGUUUUGGAGAAGGUUAAACAGUUGGAGGAAAUGAAGACGGAGUCGCCGAAACGGUCCCAGGGGAUUGGACGAUUCAUAAAUUGGCUCAAACAGAAUGGCGCGAACGUAUACGGAGCAAGCGUGGCUGAAUUUCCGGGAUACGACCUAGGCUUAAAAGCGGAACGUAAUUUCCUUGAGAACGAGUUGAUUUUAAGGAUACCUAGGGAACUUAUUUUCAGUAUUCAUAAUGCGGCUCCAGAGCUGGUCGCUCUUCAAAAUGAUCCUCUAUUACAACUUAUGCCACAAGUAGCACUUGCGAUUGCCCUACUCAUCGAAAAACACAAAGAAUAUUCGAAAUGGAAACCUUACUUGGAUAUUCUUCCUACUACCUAUACAACCGUGCUAUACAUGACUGCUGCAGAUAUGAAUGAACUUAAAGGCAGCCCUACAUUAGAGGCCGCUUUGAAACAAUGCAGAAAUAUUGCAAGACAGUAUGCCUACUUUAAUAAGUUAUUUCAAAAGAACAAUAAUGCUGUAUCUGCUAUACUCAGGGAUGUUUUUACUUAUGAAAAAUACUGCUGGGCAGUUUCUACGGUAAUGACGAGGCAAAAUAUAAUUCCCAGCAAGGACGGUUCACUCAUGAUCCACGCUUUGAUCCCAAUGUGGGACAUGUGCAAUCACGAGAACAGUAAAAUUACCACGGAUUUCAAUGCGACGUUAAACUGUUGCGAAUGCUACGCUUUGAGAGAUUUCAAGAAAGCAGAGCAAAUAUUUAUUAGCUACGGGGCCAGAACGAAUUCCGAUUUCUUUGUACACUCGGGAUUUGUUUAUAUGGAUAACGAACAGGAUGGCUUCAAAUUACGGCUUGGGAUCAGCAAAGCUGAUCCUCUCCAAAAGGAACGCGUGGAACUGUUAAAUAAGUUAGAUCUGCCAGCGGUUGGGGAAUUUCUAUUGAAACCAGGAACGGAACCGAUCUCGGAUACGCUGUUGGCGUUUCUUAGAGUAUUCAGUAUGCGUAAAGAGGAACUGGCGCAUUGGAUCCAGUCGGAUCGCGUUAACGAUUUGAAGCACAUGGACUGCGCACUGGAAACUGUUGUCGAGGAGAAUGUCAAAAAAUUUCUGCUUACUAGGCUGCAGCUGUUAAUUGCUAAUUACCCGACGACUUUGAAGGAGGAUCUGCAAUUGCUCGAGACCACGUUGCCGCGAAUUAAGAAGUUAGCCAUUCAAUUAAGGGUAACGGAGAAGAGAAUUCUUCAAGGCGCGCUCGAAUACGUGCAACAAUGGAUCAAAGCUUAAGAAUCUGAAUUUUAAUUUCUAUCGAUGAAAUCAAAUCUUUAUUUUUAUUUAAAUAUGAAUCUUACAAUGGAAUAUAAUUUGUAUGGAUCUGAUUUAAUUGUAGUUCCGAAAUGAUGGAUAAUUUAACACAUCAUUUGACGAAUGACCGAACGUAUAUAAUAUAUAUAAUAACGUGCAAAACGACGAAGGAUAGAUAGAAAAGGGAGCAAAUGGUGUAAAAUACAUUAAACUAUAUAAAAAAUUGAACAAACUAUA